UCUGUCAUCACCUGGCCACCGUUGCAAAGCUGGAAAUAUAAAAUUGAUAUGGAAAGGGGAUCCUAUGCGAGAUUGGACCGAAUCGAUAACAUCCAGAUAGAGUUGAAUGAAAAAUCGCAAGUAUCCCUUGAAGACGAUCCAAGCGAACUACACAAGAGAAAUAAAACCUACGAAAAGCAUGUUGAUUACGUUUUGGUUUACGAAACUCCAAAGGAUGUCAGUGGAAUGGAUGAUGAUGCUCUCGCAAAACAAAGGAAACUUGUUGCAUGGCGAUAUUCAUUUGAAAAAUGCCUUGAAAAUAAACUAGGGUUAGAUCUGCAGCGUAAGACUGUGAUCAUCGGGGAGGAUCCAGAAAUAGAACGUACUUUUGUGCUGAUCCAUGCGCCUUGGAAUGUGUUGGCACAGAGUGCUGAGCGGAUGAGAUUAAAGGUUCCUCUUCGACCCAAUGACGCGGUAUUUUCUUCAUGGAUAGAGAAUACAAUUGGUCACAAAUUGUUCGAAAAGUUGCAGAGCAAAAAUCCUUUUGUCCUUCAUGAUUCCACCCUAGGCGAAAAGCCGAGCUUUUACAUGGCUCCCUUUCUAGAAGAUCACUUGAGCGAGUAUGUGAACAACGAGGACAAAGAGAGCUUUUUUAAAGUCUUGGAUCGCCACUACAUCGUCCAACACUUGCUUCAAAAUGCUCGGUUUGCGAGAGGACCGGACGGGGUCGGGCUACAAAGGCUUCUUCUGGAUCAGGCUUACCUCGCUGCGUAUUCACUUCAUGAUGGCCCAGAUUCGCAGGAAGAAGGAGAAGCUGCAACAAAUGAUCGACAGAAGCUGAAAGCAGACUGGGCAAGAUUUGGCAGAUUCUUCAAGCAUCAACCUUAUGAUGCCAUCAAGGAUUACUUCGGACACGAAGUCGGCCUCUAUUUUGCCUGGCUCGGAUUUUACACCGCCAUGUUGUUUCCUCUUGCCAUUGUUGGCUUGCUGGUAUUCAUCGCUGGUGUUAUUUCAGCAGGCUCCUACAUCCCUGUUCAAGAUCUUUGCGACGAGAAAAACAGAGGUCGUUGGUAUAUGUGUCCAUUGUGUGACAAACAGUGCAGCUUUUGGAAUCUAGCUCCCGACGUCUGCAUGUAUGCUUACACAACGCAUCUGCUUGACAACGAUGGAACUGUGUUCCUUGCUUUUGUUGUGGCCAUCUGGGCCACGCUAUUCCUUGAGUUUUGGAAACGUCGCCAAGCAUCCCUCGCUCAAGAAUGGCACACCUCUGAGUUUGAGGAAGAAGAAGAACAAUUUCGUCCUGAAUACAGGAAAAGUUUACCAAAAGAACAGUUGCAAAUGUUUCUCUUUAAACGUAACCCAGAGACCGGAAAAAUAGAACCUUUAGUUUCCAAGGUUAAGACGUACCGAAGAUAUGGCACAGUCUUUGCUGUGGUAGCUUUCAUGAUUCUUCUAGUUCUUGGAGCUGCAGUUGGCGUAGUGGUAUACCGUGCCGCCAUGUUUGCUGUACUGAGUGGUAGCAGGGACAACAAUGUUCAAAAACGUGCUCGUAUCAUCACGGCGGCAACGGCUGCGCUUAUCAAUCUUGUUUUUAUAAUGUUUUUGUCCAAAGUGUACGAGAAGCUGGCAAUUUGGCUAACUGACUGGGAAAACCCACCCACAGAAAGCGCUUACAAGGACAGUUUCACAUGGAAAAUGUCUUCUUUCCAGUUCGUCAACAACUAUUCAGCCUUAUUUUAUAUUGCUUUCUUUAAAUCAAACCUUAUUGUGGGAUCUCCUGGAAAAUACAGGAGGCUGAUGAGCAAGUAUCGAUUAGACGGCUGUAGCGAGCAGGGAUGCUUUUUGGAACUUGCUGUUCAACUUUUUAUAAUCAUGGUGGGAAAGCAGAUUUUCUUCAAUAUAUUUGAAAUGGCGAUGCCAUAUUUGAGUCUGUUGAAGAAUCGGCGUAGCAAAGAGAAUCCAGAUGACUGUCCUCAGUACGAAAGCGACUACGAUCUAACUGCAUGUGAAAAGCAUUACAUGUUCUGGGAGUACUUAGAAAUUGUUUUACAGUAUGGCUUUGUGACCAUGUUUGUGGCUGCGUUCCCACUCGGCCCGUUGUUUGCCUUUAUCAACACCAUCAUUGAGAUCCGUCUGGACGCUAUCAAGUUCUUGUGCCACUUUCGCCGACCGGAUGUUGCCCGUGUUGAGGACAUAGGGGCCUGGUACGACGUCCUGGAAGCUGUGACAAGAGCUUCAGUGCUGGUGAAUGCGUUCAUACUCGCGUUCACUUCAGAGUUUAUCCCGAAACUCCUUUACAAAGUCAUGUACGCUCCUGAUCGUCAUUCCUCAGGUGGAGGCACUCUGAAGGGAUACGUUAAUUUUACACUAGCUGCCAUUGAUUUGGAUACCCUCUACUCAUGGGAAAAUGGAACCCAGCCAGACAACCCGACAGAAAAUCUAAACUACACAAGAAGUCAUUGCAGAUACCCUGGAUACCAUGAUAGCACUUACCCGUAUGGCUUCUCCAAAGCAUACUGGCACCUCCUAACUGCUCGGUUGGCCUUUGUGUUCGUAUUUCAGUUUGUAGUUUACACUGUGACAGGAUUUAUUGCUUGGUUGGUGCCUGACAAGCCUGAUGAGCUGCAGUUUAUUAUGGAAAGAGAAAGAGAAAUGGUCAAGACAGUGUUCUAUACUCCUGAAUACGACAGUGACAUCGAGGAACUUAAGGAAGAAGAGGAUGAUAACGUAACACAGUAUGAGGAUGCCCUGGAUGAAAUCAACGUUGAAAGCAAAAAAUUUGAUCAAACACACGAGUCUUAACCCUAAUUACCUUAGGUGUGAUACACAUGCAACUUCUUACCCCAAUUUCAAUUCAUUAUUUACAUCAAAAAGACGAUAAAAAUUUAGAAAAUUAU